GCCUGCUCCAACAUUUACGUCAUCACAUUCUUUUGGCGCGUCACUCAGCCAUCCGGGAAACAUAAAAGAGAAACCGCUCGUCUCCGGUCUCUGCUGCUACUAGCCCACUCUCUUUCUCUCUGGGUCUCCACCCCUCAUUUCUCUUCUUCGCACGCCCACUUCACUUCACUUCACUCCAAAGUCCAAGUCCAGCCUUCAGAGAAUUACUACUCCAUCCAUCGUUUCUUCAUCAGAGAGAGAUACCUCUUUUCUUGCCGAGUGAAAGCAUGCAGUGCUGGGAUUUCUUCUGUAUCCUACCCUACACAUGAUUAAGAGUUUGUGGCCAGGGGCAGUGGUGUUUACACCUGGAAAUUAAAGAGGGGCAAACUGAAGAAGCUGCUUUGUUGCUUGCUUCUACGAGACAGUAUGGCCCAAGAAAGUGGCGCCUGAUAUCUCAAUGCAAAGCAUUGUUAUCCGUCUUCAGGCCAAUUAGCACGUAAAGUAAUUGGAAGAAGAAAUUUGCAGCUGAAGUCUUUGGCUGAACUGCGUGGGAAGUUUUUAUAAUAGAAGCAGCAAAGAGGACACUCAGAUAUUAGCCGGCUGAGGAGGGAAAAAUACAAUAAUCAUUUUUUGGAGACUUUUACUGAGAAACAGCUUAAAAAGCAUAGUGUCGAAGAAUUUCUCAUGGCUACCUCGAGCGGCCAGUUUGUCUGUACUGAUCCACUUGCUCCUCCUCCCCCAGUAUUACUUCCUCCAUGGCUUUCAAAUUCUACGUCCGGUGUGCCUGUUAGGCCAUCGUCACCUUCUGUGACCUUAAGCCUUUCACCUUCAGUGGUUCCACCACCACCACCAGGAGCAGCAUGGUUGCAGCCUGAUAGAGCAGCAACAGACGAUAAAAAUCCUGUCUCGAACAGUUUGCCAUGUCUUGGGAUGGUGCCUCCUCCCCCCUCCAGAGAGAAGGCCGCGGUGGUAUCUGAACUCUUGGAAUGCUGCAAAGAAUUGGAAGAAAUGCAGCGUGCUUGGGCAGUGCACAAGAAGGAAGCAGCCUGGAGGUUGAGGAGGGUAGAGUUACAGGCGGAAUCGGAGAAGGCCUGUAAGAGGAGGGAGAAAAUGGAGGCAAUAGAGGCAAAGGUGAAAGCACUGAAGGAAGAGCAGAAGGCUACUCUGGAUAGGAUUGAAGCCGAAUACAGGGAGCAGCUAGCUGGAUUAAGGAGGGAUGCAGAGGCCAAGGAGCAGAAGUUGGCUGAGCAGUGGGCGGCUAAGCACUCACGUCUAACUAUGUUCCUUGAACAGAUGGGGUGUCAAUCAAAAUUUGUCGAGCCCAACUGCUGAUAAAAAGGUUGCUUUGCCCUCUGCUUCGGUAGAGCUACCUUAACCUUGCUUUGCAGUUUGCCCUCUGCCUGCAAGACCCGUGCGUUUCUGUCAUAUUGUUCUUUGCAUAUUGCCAACUUGGUUGACAAUAUUCGUUGGGUUAGUGCUUUUGCACCUCUAUUCAGCUAUUGUAACCGUUGGGUCAUUUCUUGAUCUUGGUUUUCUGCAUUGGUCUUCUGUAUCUACUUUGUUUAUUUGAAGAACCAAAAGGUUGGCUGAUCCUUGACCUUUUGUCUUUACAUUA